AUGUAUUUAACUCUUUAUGAAGUAAAUUCCUAUUCAGAUCUCUCUUUUCUUUACAUAGGUAUGACUGCCAUAGGGACCUUAGCAGCUAUAGCUAUUGAUCGUUAUAUCAUCAUCUCACGCACAUUCUGUGGACAAAGUAUGUCAGGAAAAUCGUCAUUUGCUACUAUCACUGGUAUAUGGGUAUAUUCUUUGAUACAGGCCACGCCACCGUUGUUUGGAUGGAAUAGAUUCAUUGUGGAGCAUCCCGGGAUAGCUUGCUCAUUAGAUUGGCAAUCUUCUGAUGUAUCGCAUGUCUCCUUCAUAAUCUACAUAUUCUUCCUCGGAUAUUUUUUACCGUUAGUCAUCAUAAGCUUCUGCUACAUCAGAGUGAUCUGGAUCAUCAAAACAUCACCGAAGCCGUCUGGUAAAAGUUCAACUGCAAAAGCAGAACACAAAGUAACUCUCAUGGCCAGUGCCAUGAUUGCAUGUACAUUUUUUGCAUGGACACCAUAUGCUGUUGCAUCUCUCAUGGUUUCUGCAGGAUAUGAGCAUUUACUAGGUCCUGUUUCGUCAGUGUGCCCAGCCAUAUUUGCCAAAACUAGCGUCAUAUAUAAUCCUAUUGUCUACUUCUUCUUCAACUCACAGAUAAGAGAAGCACUUCUCGCCAAACUUCCAGCCACUUGGACACGAAAAAGAGAAUCCACUGUUGACAUCAGCCUGGACACUAAGCGUGGGCUGACUAUAGUAAAUACUGUGAUAUCAAACCAUGUUCUUGGGAAUGGAAAAGAAUACAUUGAAACUCAGAAACUAUGACUGUAGCUUAUACACAUCUCAUGAAAAUAGUACACGAAACUUGAGUUUAAAACAGUGAAAUUUUGAAAUUUUCAUAUGUAAAUUAAGGUAACGUAAUGUGCAGUUUCCUUAUCCGAAAAAAAGUUCUGACUAAAAACUGAAUGCAUAUGCUGUACAUAGAUGGUGGUACUAUUAUUUUCAUUUAAUCUUUUAGUCUUAUUUCGCUAUUGUCAACAUUUGGUAUUUUUGCAUGUAUUUUUAUGACAAGUUUAAAAGACAAAUUUGUAGCA